AGGCGUCCCUUAUCUUUAACACAAAAUAUUGCAGAUGAACAUUGUAAGAUUAAGGAUUUUGUGGUGGGUAAAUGUCAUUUUCCUGGCUGCACGCAACCACUUUUGUUUAUGCAGCAGUAAGGCAGGUAUUUUUAAUUUCUAGAAACAUAUUAUCAAGUACAAGUGGUUUUAUUGUGGCAAAUCAGAGGUAGAAGGAACGAGGCAACACUAUGAGUAGGGCCUCCCUUCGUGAAGCAGAGUCACAGGACGCCACUGAUGCUGCACAGCUAGCCACGCAGCACAGAGGGGUGGAUGAGUGCACGGUGAGGCGCUUCCCCGCCAUGCCGACCAGCCUGACGGAGCGCAGCAUGUUCGUGCUCCAGUGGGUUGGCGGCAAGUCCAUCCGCAGCAUCGCGCGGGACACUGGCGUGAGCUCCUCCACGGUGUGUCGGUGGAUCAAGCGGUGGAGGAAGGAAGGUAACGUGUUUGAUCGGAAAAAGUUCAGCAGGAUUUGUCACCCCGCGGCCCCUGAUGUGAGGAACACGCCGUCUGCUUACCAAGUUGGAAGAAUUGUUUUAUGUUCAUGCUUCACCAAACAAAAUGCUUGUUUUGCUUCAUAUUCUCACCAAAGUUGUGGUCUCAUUCACGUGCCUCACAAGUGCUAACCAUAUUUGUGUAAUGAAAAAAAAAAAAAAAAACUCUGUAGAAUCCAGAUGACUAAAAGCCAGUGGUGUGAUGCAGAUAACUUCACUCCCCUCUCAAGAGACUUUCAGCAUAAAGGGAAUACGAAAGUUGGUAAAUGCUUAUUUGUAGGGAGAAUGAAGGAGAGGACGGUUCAUAGAUGUUCAUCAUUAUCUAAUGUAACUUUUCAAUUUAAUUUCCCAAGCUGGAAUCAAAUGACAUCUUUAUCUUAAAAGACUUCAAGCUGUUGUUAGCAAUUUGUUCACAGUUGUUAGAGUUGUGGGGCCAUGAAGAAAUUAGCACUACAACUGGUGCUGCUGCGGCUUCUGCUGCUCACCGGUAUCCUGAGGGCGGACCUGAUGUCUCUCCUCCCUGGAACUACAAAGCCGGUGGCGGUGCAGGCGGUGGCAUCGGUCCUCGCAGCACACUCCCCGUGCGCACACACCACGCUGCUGCUCACUGACGGAACACAGGUGACUUGUGAGGCAUAUUUUUCUGGCAAACUGUAAAGAAUAUAUCACUGAAUAUUAUAGCAUGGGAACUUUUCAUUCAGACGAAACGCCUCCUUCAGGAGGUAGAGGCGGUGCACGCGCCGCGGGGCGUCACCGUAUUUCAUAUGGAAGGGAACCAUCAGGGAAGCAACACAACAGAGGUAUACCUGAGGAUGACUGUCGACAAGCUUCGUCAGGUAGGUCAUGUUUACAUAACGGAUGAAACGUACUGCUUUACUUAACGUAUUCGUGAUGCUGUGGUUAAAUGCGUCUUUGAAUCCUCAUAAACCUGUAACUCCACAGCUGGGAGGGGCGUGGCACUGCCUGGUGGUGGUGGUGGUGAGUGAUGACCCAGCCUUCCUCGCCGCCUUCGCUCACCUGUCACUCAGGCGUCACGCCUUCAGGUGGUCCACGAGGAUCCUCGUCUUCACUCGCCUCCCUCUCAGCCACCUUGGCGGCCUGCAUGGCCUUCUCUCCAACAGGAACGCUAUGCUGCUGCACGUACAGGAGGGCGAGGAGGCUGACAGAUGGUAAGUAACACCGUAAUGUGACAAGAUGCACAUCUUGGACACAAUCACAAAAUCAAGGCCAGUCCAGAGCGGUCUACUUGAUAUGAUCUGUUUGACAGUGAGGACUAAGAGUGAGCUGCAUCAGCCAAAGCCAUAUCAUGUAUCGCAGCAGUGAGGUGGACGUGUUCGUGUGGCAGCCGUACAGCGCCCCCACCAGCACGCCCCUGAGGGUGGCCACCUGGACGCCGCACGUGAGGCUGACCCACACGUCGUUCUUCCCCGAUAAGUUUUAUGUGUGUGUAUUACUGUUAUCUACCAUUGGUUCUCAUGGUUCACCACGAGUGCAUAACAGUUUUCAAAAGAAGAGUUAUUUGUGAUUCACUCCUAAACUGAUGGGCUGCACUAUUCUCAUCUCUCCGUGGCGCAGGUUCAGCUCACCGCCAACCCUCACUGUGGCGGUGGAGUUCCUGCCCCACCACACGCUGACGUGGGUUAAAGACUCUGACACCCCUGAUGGCAGCCGCUUGGAACUCACUGGUUUCCUGAACGAGUUCGUAACCUACUUCGCAAAGGCGAUGAACUUCAGGUACCGGUAUGUAGUGUCCCGCGAGAGAACCUUCGGCACCAAGCUGCCUGACGGCUCCUGGACCGGCAUGAUGGGCAUGCUGGUGCGGGAGGAAGCAGACUUCUCACCAGGACCGUUUGUGCUGAGCUCUGUGCGCGCUGAGGCCGCCCAGGCUACCACAGAGUACACCCAGGGAGGCCUGAGAAUACUUAGCGGCCUGACGGGACUCAAGAUUGACCCGUGGGGCUUCCUGCUGCCCCUCACGCCCCUGGUGUGGGCAAUCACCCUGACGGCGCUGCUAGGGGUUCUCUUCGUCCGGCAGUUGCUUCCAUCCUGCCUGCCCGGCAGGUCGCUCCUCCGCUGCGGCUGGUCCGCCAACACCUUCAGCCCUGUGCGCGUCCUCCUGCAGCAAGACGUGGUGUGGCCCACGGAGUGGUGGUGGUGGGAGCGUCUGGUGCUGGGGUUGUGGAUGCUGACGACACUGGUGUUGACGAGGAGCUACGCCGGUAACCUCAUGUCCCUGCUAGCCGUGAGAUACGUGCCACAGCCCUUCCAGACUCUGAGGGACGUCCUGGACCACCCGAGCGUGGUCAUGAUAUGGCAAAAAUUGUCCAGUUACGAACAGUUUCUGAGGGAUGUCAAAGACGGUGUGUUUCGGGAGGUGGCGGAGCUGGAAGAUGUCGGUCGCCUUAAGUUUCACAUACAGACUAAAAUUCCAGAGAGCAUCGACACUCUGGUGCGGGCAGCACACCAUGUGCUCGUGGAGACUGACGUGCUCCUGAGGAACCACGUUGCUCUAGACUUCUCUCGGGAAGGUGAGUGUUGCUUGGUGCCUCGCGGUGAUGCCCCUCGCCUUGUUGGCUGUUGUUACUCUGUGACUGUUCUCCCCGCAUGAUGGUGAGGCCUCAGAAUUGUUUUCUUUCAGUUAUAA